AUGCUCGUCCGAUUGUGUCAUGAUUUAUUUCAUGCCCUCUCGUCACCUUCUGUCUUGCAUCACCUAUUCAUCACGGAGAGGCCGACCUUCACAGCCAAGGUCGAUGCAGACAAGUACAUGAAAUACGGCACCAUCCUGGAUACCUCGGGAAGUGGCUGGCAGUUAGGCCAAGGAGCUUACAUGGCGGGAGGAACACACGAUUGGAUCAUGGGAGGGAAAUACGUCUGCUUUGUCUACGUUGACCCGGGAAAAUGGGCCCAAACCCCCAAAGUCUGGAUCCCAGAAUACGACGAAACUCGACCUGGUGCCAGAGUCGAACUCUGGAAAAAGGAGCCAGUUUCGGGGACUGGACCCUGCGAGAACGCUUGGGUUCGGAAGGAUACAAGGAGACGAGAAGACGAGAAGACGAUGCACCUCGUCAUUCCUCCAGCUCUCCAAGGGAAAACUCCCCUAGGUCUAGUCGUCAACUGUGUGCAAGAAUCUCAAGUUCAGAAGGGCGUAUUUCCGACACUCAACUACGUCUCGCCGACGAAAGAGUGGAACAUUUUGGGUAUAUCUCCUACCUCCGAACAUAAGAUGUACCUUCCCGGCAUCCGGCCCGAGUAUAGCAAGCGUCCCAGCCCUGCUCGGUCGGUCAAGUCGCAGCGUAGAAGAAAAUAG